AUGAUUUCAAACGCUAGAUUAUGGUGUAGCGGCCUGCUGCUGCUAACAGUUUGCCGGCUGGGAGUCGAGCCACGCUCCCGCUGGGCCUCGGCGCUCUCGAAGAUUCCUCGACCUGAUCUAACAAGGCUUCACGCUCCCGGAUUCCUCAACAACACACAAUGGCACGGCACAAACUUGGUGUCGUAUACUGGUUCCCCGCUGCCGAAUGUACUCCGGCAAUCAUCGGUGAGGAAUAAGAGAUCGACAAUCUACCGGGCGAAGAGGCGUUUGGACGUCGGAGCUACCAAUGUAGUUGAUGCGCCUGCAACUGGUACUGCUAAUAUACCCGGAACUAAUCCAGGGAGUGUAUUGGGGAGACUAUGGAAGACCGUGAAGCGAAUAUUUGGGGGACGCGACGCAAGGGGCGAGCUCCCCGUAGCACCGGGGGCCGUUACGAACAGACUGAGAGCUCUAAACGUGCAGGGAAUGCGUCCUGCACCUGUUUUUAACUUCCAAUUGGCGCUCCCGGUGGCAGACGGAGCAUCUGGCGCCGAUAACUCGGAUGCGUCACCAUAUGGACCCCUUGUGAACUCCCAGCCCUCAGCGGUUAUGUCAAUGUUUGUGGAACGAGCACCCUUAAGGGUGCGUGAAGCCGUGAAGAGCACAGUGGCUGCGCUAGUGGGGACGUUCUACCGCUACUGCGUAGAAACAACCAUGAUAACCACGGCGGAACGCUUGUCGGCGCUGAUCCACAGCAUGCAGAUGACCGGGUACAUGCUUUGGAACGCCGAAUGCCGCUACUGCCUGGCACAGCAGCUGCAGCCGGAACCUAUCACGAAGGAGUCAACCACGAGCUCGUCCCCGGAGGCGGCGGACAAUGCAGGAGCGCAACUGAAGGACGACAUUAUCCCGACCUACAACACGGACAGCCUCCUGUCGUACAUCAAGCGCCUACCGGAUGACACGGCAAACUCGCUGCUUGAAAACAUUACGACGGGCGUCCUUGACGCCAUGCAGGAUUCGACCGACAUGGUGGUGGAGUCGCUGACGGGGAUGGCAAUGGCGCAGCAGCCGCCACCGCAGCCCGUACAGCCAGGUGGAGCUGUUGUCCCACGUAUAAUCAUACAGCAAACUGGCUCCUCAUGCGUCCAGCUGUGUUUCUGGCAGCUGGCGCUGGGAUACUGCCUCCGGGACCAGGAGGCAAAGCUAGAGUUACAGAACGCACUUAAAGGCAGUUAA